CAAGACCUCAUUUUGGCGAUGUUAUCGAAUUUUCAAGAGGAACGCGCGAUCAAGUGAAUUGCUUUAUACCUCCAGAUAAGGUGAGAGGGAUCGCUGAACAAUCUCUAUAAAUUGUGACAUACUUUAUAGCCACCUAUUUGGCUCGCUCGCUUUUGUACAAGGUAUCGGCUAAGCGAAUAGGCGUAGGAGCAUUCAGUGUACAAGAGUUUAAAAUAAAAGAAGGUACUUAAGGAUAAAUCCAUCCAGCAUCGUAAAGAGUGAUAUUAAAAUUUCAACAGCAUGUAGUUUGAUGCCUUGGUUGGAAACUUCCAUCACAGAUCCUAUACCAAGGGUUAUGAGAUAAGCGAGGAGGCUUGAACGAGCGCUUUACAAAAUGUCGGACGAAAUUAGUUGGAUCCGAACAUUUUUUAUGUUGCAAAUGAAGCAAUGCAUUAAGGCAUGCUUUUGUAUGUACAUAGGCUAGCCUAACUAAUCUUGCGCCACAUUUGGAAAGCUGAUAUUUUACUUGGCACUGCUCUUGUUCUGAAAUGGAAAAUCCCAAGGUGAUAUAUCAAUAACAAAUAAGUUUUGUGAUGGAUUGGAAUGGUGCUCGUAUACAAAAUUGCCGAUCAGUAAUAUGUAUUGUAUACUGUUUUGUGAAAAUAGGUGAAUAUCAUCUUGUCAAUAUGAGUUGAAAAAUCGGUAGGAGUGUUAUUUUGUGGUUUGGCAUACUUUUCUGAUUUUAGGAUCGAUUUUUUAUUCUUCAAAGUGAGUGAAAUUUCUGCAGGGAACAAAUGAUAAUAAUUAUAAUUUUCUUUUCAAAUAGCAUAACAUUGACAAGGAAGGUACAUAUAGCUGGAAACAGCACACUCUUGCAUGAUAUACCUCAGCCUAUUGACACACUAGAAAACAUAUUUAGUUAAACCAGGUUUAACUGAAAGAAAAUCAGAAACAGGCUCGAACAGUAUCUCGUACGGGCCUGAAUUUUUUUCAGGCUUUAUUUCAAUUACUAGUUCAGCGGUGUUCAUAAUAGUCCAUUUUACAGUUGUGUGCUUGGUUGCCAAGCCUUUGGACAGGAGUGAGGCUAAGGGUGACCUUGUUAUGAUACAAACCUUGCUGCUUUUGAAAUGCAAAUUAAUUUGUUAUCAUGCUAACUAGAUUCUGGUCUCUAACACAACAAGGUCACCUUCAGCCUCACUCCAAAUCAAAGGCUUGGCAACUAAGUACACAACUGUAAAAUGGCCUAUUAUGAGGAUCGCUUCUAUAUUCAUUUCUUCAACCGCAGUGCUCAUAUAUGAUUUUCAUAUAUUUACAGUCAUUGUAAAAGUACAUUUGUCAUUUUGAGUUAAUGAACUUUUCUGUGGGAACUAAUACAUAUGGAUCAAGGGCAAUCAUACAAUUCUGAAAUCAUUUGUAAACAUUUUACAGAACAUUAUCUGAAUAAAGCAAGCUGCCGUCAUGAAGAUAACCUUUUUGACUGAGGAAUGGACUCAAUCGACCAAAGGCAGUUGUUCCACCUUCAUGAGACAGAUGGCCAUAGAACUCUCUAGACAACCAAAUACAGAAAUUGGUGUUUUGAUUCCAAGUGCUAGUCCGAAGGACAAAGUAGAUGCUAAAAAAUAUAACAUCAAGGUUUUUGAACCUGCAGCUGAAGAUUGUAUAGGCUAUGAACCAGUUGAUUGUCUGCAGUUUCCUCCACAAGGAUUUAGUACUGACUUUAUCAUUGGUCAGGGCAUUAAGCCUGGACGUCAUGGACAGGCCCUUAAGAAUAAACUUAGCUGUAAAUGGGUGCAUGUGGUCCUGAAAAAUGCAGAAGAAAUGGCAAUGUUCAAGAAAACCCCAGGUGCCAUUUCCAAAGGGCAGAAACAGCAUGAAACUGAGAUCAAAUUGUGUAAAAACGCUGAUGUGGUUUUAACAGUUGGCUCUAAGCUCAAUGAGGCCUUUAAUUCUGCUCUGCAUCAGUGUAAGAAAGAUCAUAUAUUCAGUCUUAUACCUGGCAUUUUUGAUGAGUUUUUUGGAGAGCAGAAGCAAUACCGAAAUUCAAAGAACUUUGAAAUCUUAGUGUUUGGCAGAGGGAACACUGAAGACUUUGAACUUAAAGGUCUUCAUGUUGCUGCCAAAGCUGUGGCACAUCUUAAUAAGUAUGAGCCAUCAUACAUUCUCAAAGUUGUUGGUGCCCCUGAGGGAGAACAAGAGAAACUGGCUGAGAGGUUGGAAGAUCUUGGGAUCUCUCGUAGUAAACUAACUGUGAGAAGUUUUUACACAGAAAGAGGAAAACUGGCUCAGCUAUUUUUGGAAGUGGAUCUUGUUUUGAUGCCUUCAGGUACAGAGGCAUUUGGUCUUGCAGCUUUGGAGGCAUUAUCAGCAGGUGUACCAAUCCUUAUUACCCAUAAUUCUGGCUUGGCAGAGGCUCUAAAGGAAGUACCUUUUGGGCGUGGAUGCAUAGUACAUCAAGAAGCUGACUGGGCUGAAAAAAUCAAACAAGCACGAAAAAAUCUGAAAACUGGAUUAGAAGAGGCAAGCAUGCUACGCGACAAAUAUAAAGAGAAAUACUGUUGGCGGGACCAAUGUGCUGCUUUUGUGAAGAAGCUUAGGGCCUUGCAUUCAGGUUGAAAUAUUAAUUUUAUACCCCUUUACCUUAUUUGAAAUAAUUCAGAUUAAGUAUCUAGUAGCCGAUUGGCACAAAUCUGCUAUCAUUUUGAAAUAGGCACCAUGACUUGAAUUAGUAUAAGAGUAGCAUUAAAAAGUACAUAGAAAUUAGUGGCUGUUUUGUAUCUGUGAAAUUUAGAUCAUUGCUAGUUUCAGUACAAUAUGUAUGUUUUAGUGCAAAGAUGUUUGAUUUUUGUGUGCUCAAAGGCACCAAUCCUUAAAAAUGGACAUAGAAGUUACACCAGAUAACAAUUAAACUUGCCACAAAAAAAAAAAAAUAUCCAACAAGCAUUAAUCACAGUUACUUACAAGGCUUAACACCAUUACAGGUUUCACCUCUUUAGUUCCAUUGUAAUGAUAUGAGUUGAAAUACACCUGCAAUAGCAUGUUUUACUCAUGUGAGGAUUAUGUACUUUAUAAAUGAAUUACAGUCUGAUACUUUGAUAAUAGAGGAGCUCGCAGAGCAUAGCCCCAUAAUUAUACAAAAUAGUAGUAACCCAUCAAGCCGAAAAAUUGGGUGUACGACCCAUUACAACCAUACAAGGUGCUACUUUUAACAUGCCUGGUCAACUGUACUGCAGGCACACCAACACAACAGCUUUGUCCAGUUGUCCAAUGGUCAGUGCACUGGGCUCCGAGUUGGACGACCCGGGUUAUAGUCCUGGCUAGGGCAAGGCCUUGUGCUCUUGAGAUGUGCAGGAAAAAAAAAAGUGAGCUCCUCUUUUAGACUUGGUUAAAUCUAUAUAUUAGUUGUCUUUGUGUAAUUUGUGCUUUUCCUUUGUGACACCUAACAGGACAUGCUGAGGAAAUGCAACAGGAGUCCCAAUACAAAAGGCAUUCAGCUCAAAAGCGAGUGGCUGGUAAUUACUCACUUGUCUAUUUUUUAAACAUGCCCUAGUGUUAUUAACAAACUGCAUCCUUUUUAUAUUAAGCAGGCAUAAAACAUUUCAAUGAAAUCAAUAUACCAAUAUUUUUUUGGACUUUUUUUAAUAUCAAGAAACACAAUUCCCGGAAAACAUAAUGUCAUAGGUAUGAUAUUUUCAAUGUGAAUGCCCUUAAAUAGGGGUAUUUCCAUUUUCUGAGAGACCCUGCUGAAAAUCCAGACCAGAGCCUGGUUUGAAUUUGUUUGCAUGAGUCUCACACUCAAUGUGAAAGAGUUCAGAGAGCUCAGCAUGUAGAAGCCUUAUUGACCUUAAUGACAACAUAAUAACUUCCAGGUGAUUUUUACUUCCACCCUUGAUAAAAUUUUUGAUACGAAAAGCUACCAGAGAAGAAAAAUUCUGUCCUUCAACUAAUUGUAAAAAGUGGGUUCCAGGAAGUAUUUAUUCAGUGAGCAACUUGUUCAUUUAAAGAUAUUUAAAAUUUGAAUUUGUAUCAAUAACAUGCCCAACUGAUUUUGGUCAACUCAGGAGUAGAAAAUUUGAAUUUUUUUUUUCCAACCCUCCAUUAGUUGCUGAUGUAAAGAAGGAGGAGAGAGAUAAUGAAGAUGGCCACAAAGCAAAGAAGAGGCAAGAAAGUUUUGUUUGGAUCCUAUGUCACCCUAAAUUUGUGGUUUAGGGGGUGAUAUUAUAAGGAGAAAUUAAGUGCUAGAUUAAUUAAGUGACUCUUAGAAAUCCCAUGGUUAGCAUUUUGUUCUGUUUCUGACGGUGUGAGGAUUAUUUUAUCUGCAUUAAUUUCUUUACUCUGAAGUUCAAAUGCAUUAUUUAGUUCUCUAUCAAUUCUUCCAGAUAGGCUAAGCAUCUUUUACAUGAAAAUUUUGCCCUUGCACAGUGACUAGUUAGCUCCCACUGUUGGCUAAGAUAACAUUGUUGUUUUGAGCUCUCAAUAAAAGUCCAAGAAGUUCUAAGUGACAAGAGACUUUACUAGCCACUAAUCUCUUACAAAAAAAUACAAAUUCCUUAGGAUCAAAAUGGAGGAGUAAUUAUUCACUUCAUGUGGAUUUUUUGGUUUUAAAUGCUGUAUUUUUAGGCAAGAUUCAAUAUGCUUUAAGAGUUCUUGUUAGCUGUGUUAAUUUAUUUUGUUCAUCACUGUGGACAUUUAUCCAUCAUCACAAUGCAUUGACCUCCAUGAUAGCACAAAGAAAAAAAAACAUACUAGUUAAAAGGUAAGAGCCAUAUCUUGUGGGAACAUGGUUCUCCAUAUAAUACAAUGACAUGUUGCAUUUUCAGCAAAGAAACUGCAAUACAAGACUCAAAGAAAAUUUCACCUGUUGGGAAAAAAGAUGGCAGAAAAAAUGAGUGAUCAGAAAGCUGGUGAGACACAUUCUCUUUACUGUUCUAAUGUUUAUACACCUUUAUAUCAUGCAUUAUAUCAAAAACAUGUGCUACUGCAUGAUCUAAUAGCUUCCAAAUAUAAGAUAUUCAAUUAAAGUUGUUGACACUUUACAAACUUGCAGUCUACCCAUCAGAAGAAGACAGGAUCGUGAUUGAAAUUGGUUCAUCAGAGGAUGAGGAUGAAAGGUCUGAUGAUGAACCAUGUGCCUCUGGACAAAAUGUGGCUGGUUAGUAGAAUGCCUAUUUUUAUUGUUACAAUAAAUAGUACUAAUUAUAUAUUACCCUUCCCACCCCCUGAGCUUUCUACACAGAGCCAUUUGCAACCCAUGGAUAGGUUAGUGGCUGGGCUGCAUGCAUGAAUUAUUCUUGAACAGUAUAGUGAUUGGAGGCCUUCUUAACUUCAACAGCACUGGUAAUAUUUGAACGUAUUUAUCUCAGAAGCAAUUGGGUAGUUAUAGUAAGGUUGCAUCAAUCUGAAACAGGCAUGUUUCUUUUAAUUGUGAAAGUUUAUACAAUGAACUAUAAGAUGUUAGUAGUUAUAUAUAAGUUUGGACUAUAAAGUUUUAAACAAGAAUCAACAUUAUAACAAAAUAUAAUUAUAUGGAUAGUUAACAGGCAUGUUUCUUUUAAUUGUGAAAAUUUAUACAAUGAACUAUAAGAUGUUAGUAGUUAUAUAAACAAUAAGUUUGGACUAUAAAGUAUUAAACAAGAAUCAACAUUAUAACAAAAUAUAAUUAUAUGGAUAGUUACCAUGCCAAUGGAGAAUACAAAUGACUUUUAACUGUGCUAGUAUUUCAGUUUUAUCCUGUUAACCCUUCAACUCCCAUGAGAGACCAAGACAGAACUUCUCCUCUCAAUUAACAUCCAUACAAUAUCAAGUAGACAAGUGAUGAGAAUAAAGAGAAAUAUAAAUUAGGGGAUUAUUAGUUGAUCCAAUAACAAUACCCAGGGGCUGCCACUGCAGCCAGCCUGGUCCCCUAAGUAGAAUACCACUUAUAAUAUUGACUAGAGCUGUGAAAGAAACAGUGAAGAAGGGUGGGAUGGGGGAAGGCUUUGUUCCACAUGAGCCUGAACUUAUGAAAAUACAUUGCCUCUGACCAGAAGAGCCUGCUGUUUUCACUGCCUGACAGUUACUGGGUAAAUUUUAUUUCAAUAGAUCAAAAUGAAUCACUUAUUGUCUAAGCUUACUAUGCCAGGACCCAUAUUUUAGCCUGAAGAACAGGUGUCUAAAUUCUUUUGCCUUUUUCAGUAGAAUUGAGGCAAGCAUGAGGCAAGCACAAAUUCAAGGGGAGGAAUUAUUAUUUGCACUCCUACCCAUGCAUGAUCUGCACUUGCCUAGCACUUAUCUCCUUUGCCUGAAAAGCACAACAAAUUAUGCCAGUUCUGUAGGCUAAAUCUCUUAAACUUAAGUUCUUUAGACAAACUAGUUAGCAAGAGGAAAUGCUAACUCAAAGAAAUAUAACAUUUUUACCCUAACCUUUUCACCUCUCUUACUUACAUACUAGCUUAUGGUUACACUGAAGUUAAGCAAGAGGAAGAAAAUGGCUCAGCUGCCAAAAAACCUAAACUUGAUACUGUUGAAGAAUCUGGAACUUCUGGAGUAUCCAGCUCUAGUGAGACAAGGAAGUUUAAGGGUAAGGGCAUAAGGAAAAUUACAUUUUCAGUUUAUUAAUUAUGCAAUAGCAUGAUAUUUUAAGGAUUGAUCAAGUAAAAUUUCUUUGGAGACUUAAGGAACCUUCAAUCUCUGUCACAAUAGUUUUUUUGGUGAUAAAUUGUUAAGGACUCACAAUAAGUUAUACCUCUCAAUAGCUGUCAAAACAGAAAUCAACUCUGAUCAGUUUGAUUCAACAUAUAUACCUGAUAAUAUGAGGAAUGUGUGUGUGGAUAUGUAUUUGUAUACUUACCAGUAUAAGAUUGAGCAGUCUCCCCUGACAGGGCUCAUCUCAGGACCAAUGUGAACAAUCUGGUCCCAAAAAUUGUAAAUAACCAUUAACUUGCAUAGCCUCAUCAACCAGAAGAAAAGCAAAAAGGCCAAUCAGGAUUUAAUUAGGCAAAAUGUGAUUUACCCAGGGGUUAGCGCCAACCCUUAAUUGCUGACGUGAUGAUUAAUUUUUUUUAAAAAAAAAGGAAAAUUAGGAUCAAGACAUUCAUAAAUCAGUUUGAAUUAACUGAAUUAAUUCUUUCUAUGAUCAUAGUUUAAAUUCUCCUGUGGAGAAAUUACUCAAGAGUAAUCAUUUGUGGUUUUUACUAAGCAGGGUUUUAAGUUGCAAUUUUUUUGGUUGCCAUGGCAAUUGGCGUAUUUGGUCAUCGGUUAUCUUAUGUUUGCUGGUCGUGCAUGGCAUGACACUAGCCAGCUGUAACUUUCUUUAAAAGAGAGAUAAACAAUUUUGCAUAGUACAAUCCUUUUUGAAGUACUAGGUUUACAAUUGCUACAUAGUACUAUUCCCUCAAAGACAUAAGUGGCACGGUCCGUCACAUUUGUUGUUCAACAAAACUUCUAAUAGUAGAGUGAGUUUAACAAUGUUGUGUAGCAAGCGACUUGCUGCUCUAGGCUGCCAGCAGUUACAUCACUGGAGCAGACCUGGUGUCCAGUGGUCUAGCAGUGAAUGGCGUUGCACAUGACAUGCCACAUGGUCAGCACUAGUUGGGAAAACAGGGAUCUAAGAGGAACACUAGGAUCACUAAAAGGAAAACUAGGAUCAAGACAUUCAUAAAUCAGUUUAAAUUGGCUGAACUAAGUUUUUCUGCUUCCUUUUUUUUAUUGACAGUGUUGUAUAUGGCAGUUAUUGUAUAGAAAUAAAUACAAUUAAUCACACAAGAAAACUAAUUAAGAUAUGUCUGGAUGCAGUUUAUUAGACUGCAAUCUGGCACUUUAUCAUGAGGGUCUCAGGUGCAUAGCUAGCAUUCACUCUAAUAUAGGCUUGUAGGGAUGAUGUGAAUAUGUGCAUGAAUAAAACACCUGUUUGGAGACUGAGGAAUUGCAGCUUCAAAGAAAUCUUUUGCUCACUUAAUUUGGUGCCUCAGGGGACUCCUGUUUGAGGGAUCUGUGUUUCAGCCCUGGGUAGGUCUUUAAAGGUUAAUCCCUUAAACCCUGAGAGUGACCAGCAUCUAAUUUCUCCUUACAGUAAUUUGGCUGAAUCAUUCAUUAAGGUCAUGAGAAUAAAAGAAAUGAUCACCACCCAAAGAAGCUUUGAUUGUGAGACAAAUUCUCCUUGUCAGUACCAGAGGAAAUGUCUAGAGAAGAGUAUGGAGAAUGUGGAUACUGAUGUUAGGGUGUCAAGAGUUAAAUGUUCUUUAUUGAGACUGACUUUACUCUCACCCACUGCCUCUCUCCACCCAGGAGUAUAAAUGGGUACUGAUGAACUGUCAGAAAACCUGAUCAAUGUUGAAGGGAGGGGAGGGAGGUGAUUAGUUGUAAUGGAUGUGCAUCUCUUCACAAGAUGUAGUCACACAUGCUUGCUCCAUGGAAGCCAGGGUAAACCACUGCAGUAUUGGCCCUCACUGUAAGAGGCAUUUUAGAAAAUAUGUCAUGGGUUGAAAUGCUUAAACAUGUCUCCCUGCUGUAUUUACCAUAAAUAGAAUGCACCUUUCAUUUAUUUUGAAUUAAUUUUUUUCUGUGGUAGUGAGAAAAGGCAAUCCUGAACUUGAUGAAUUAGAACAACUGGCCAAUGACAUUGAUCCUAGUGUGUGGAAGAAAGUUGCAAGAAAGUUAAAGAUUGACAAUCCAGUGAUCACAGCAAUAGAUAAGGAAAAUGAUGAAUUUUAUGAAAAGAAAUACACAAUGCUGCAAAAAUGGAAGCAGGCAAAUGGAAGUGCUGCUACGUGGAGGGAACUUAAUCAGGCUCUAAUGGAUGCUAAUCUCAGGGAGUUAGCAGAGAAGCACUGCUGUGUAAAGAUGAAUUGAAAGGGACUAUUUGUCAGGAACGGUUUUCUAUCAAACACUGUGCAUAAGAUAUUUCUUUGCUAAAAAUUGUCACACUUUGGUAAAAAGUUUGCUCCAGCACUUAAAAUGCAUUUUUUAAGUUAGCCAGGUGAUAACCAAUGGGAUCGGUCCUUCCUGAACUGCACAACUUUUUAUUGAAACAGGUGUUUGUGAUUUUUAUAAUUAUGAAACCAGGAAAUGCUCAUUUUGGCAUUUGGAAAAGAUAGAACUUGAUGCUACCUUUAAAAGCCUAAAUCCUUAACUUAAUUGUGUAUUAUACCUCUUUAUAAUUAUUUCCAAAUUUUUUUACAUUUAACCUUCUUCAUAUGCUUGGUAGAUAGUAUAUAAGUCUGACUUGUAAUUAUCUGAAAAAAAAUUAUUCUGUAUUUUUAUCCAUGUAUUUACCAAUCUACUAUAAAAGUUCUUAUUUUGCACAGUUAGUUUAAUUAGCUUUUGUUUGAUUAAUUAGCCUGUUGCAUUUUAUUUUCAUUGCAACAAUCUAUAGGCAUGAUAUUCUGGCGCGCACUGCGCAUUGGUUCAUGUCAAAGAUUGGCUAAGCUUUCCAUAGAACCAAAUGUAUGCAUUGGAAGAGAUCCGAUCGAAAGAGUCAAAUAUACCAAAAUACUUGGAAUCUCUUACGUGGAGCAAGCAUGUUUAAGAAAUAACUAAAAAGAUUACAGCAGGAAUUAGUGCUUUACAACGGCUCAGACAUUUUGCAAAUCGAGAUAUACUUGUUUCUGUUUAUAAUGCACUAAUUAUGCCUCAUUUUGAUUAUUGUUGUGAGGUUUGGUAUUCGUUAGGAAGUGCACUAGCCGAAAAAUUGCAGAAACUCCAUAACAGAUGUGCUAGGGUAAUUAUGCCUUGCAAAAACGAGGCUGGACAGUCUGAAUUAGCCCUAUGUCAUCUUGGCUGGAGUUUACUAAGGGAACUAAUUGAAUUCAAAUUAAGGCUAGACAAAUGUGUAAGGUUCUCCAUGAUUUGGUACCUGCGAGGCUUUCGAAUAUUUUCAGGGACUCAAGCUCGGCUAAGAAUUAUCAUCUAAGGGACGCUGAGAAUUGGUUGGCCGUUCCGUUGCCCAAGACUAAAUUUUUAAAGAAGAGUUUCAGCUAUAAUGGUGCUAAGAUCUGGAAUUCCUUACCAAAUGAAGUAUGUAAUUGUGAAACUUUGGCUACGUUUGAUAAGCUUAUGCAUUAAUUUAUUUUUAUAAAAUAAUUCAAUAGAACGCGCGCUCUGAUUGGUCAUGAAACCAUUUUACAUGAGCGUAUGUAAACACGGUUUUCAUACUGAAUCUUCUCGCGGAGUUCUCCCUGCUAUUUGUUUAGCAGUAACUCAGUUUCUUUAAGUUUGUUUUGAGUACAGUAAUGGAUGAAGAAGAUUUUCCUAAUUUUUCUUUGGAGUUUAAUUUUCCCAGUAUUCAAGAAACGGCCGAAAAGCCAAAUGAACAAUAACAACAAGCACGUCGCUUUCCUUCGUUGUAAGAAGAGGCUCUUUCAUUAAUUAUUUUAUAAAAGAAAUGUAAAAUGGUUUCGCUUAUCUCGUGUUCUCCCAACCUCCCGCGU